CGUCAGUGCCUGUCAAUGUGACAAUUAUGAAUACGUGUUUGAAUGUACACCUUUUAUUUGUUAAAUAACAUAGAAUAUGUAUUAAAUAAUUUACUGUUAGUAUAUAUAUUUUUUUAAUAAAGUUUGACAAUUACAAUUUCGCAAAAAUGGAAGAAUUUUUACAAAACCUUGGCAUCGGUGUGAGACCUAUUGACGAUCCAUUUUUUGAAGAAUCGUACAAUGUUUGCAAAAUUUUUCAACGGAAAGGCAUUACUGUUGAAGAUGAUGAAGAAUUAUGUCACGAUGUCAUAAGAGAAUUUUCUUGUUACGCUACAGGCUGCAAAGCCAUAUUUAAAACAUUAGUUGACUUUGAAAUGCAUUACAAUACCUAUCAUCGAUAUGUUUGUUCAGAAUGUAAAAAGACUUUGCCAAAUCCUAGAUUGUUAGACAUUCAUGUUCAGGAGACUCAUGACAGUUUUUUUCAAGUUUCAUGUACAAGAAAACCAAUGUAUCAGUGUUAUGUUUGCGAAUGUGAUUUAAAAUUUAAUAAUCCAGUUGAAAGGAGGCAUCAUUGCAUUACAGUACAUAAGUUUCCUAAGAAUUUUCGCUAUGAUAAUACUCCGAAUCAUAUGGAAAGUGAUACAGCAGAACAAAUGGAUGUUGAAUUAUCUACAGAUGAAACAAAAGAAUUGAAACCCAAGAAAAUAUGGUUAAAUAAAAACCAGAAGCAGAAAAUGUUUCCAAUUGCUGCAAAAACUGCAAUACCAGCAAAUCCUGAUGCUAACAGAAAUCAAUCUAAUGUUUCAAAUCCUACCAGUGCUACAUCUCCUUUAGUUUUUAUUCCUAGACAAGUACAAAAGUCGUAUACAAAGGCUCUUACUAAGAAUCAAAGCAACGAGAAAAAUGUUCUUGAAACAGGGUGUAUGAUGGAUCUGGCUGAUUCUUUACCUCGUUAAUAGAAAUAGAAAUAUUUAAUAAGAAAUAUAUUUUUUCAAAGCAGUUUUUAUUAUAAAUAUAUAUUAAAUAUAAU